CAUCCACACGCAUUUUUGACAGGAAACGCAUCUCUCUAGUUGUGUGGAAAUAUUCUUGAAGCGCUCCUUGAGGCAGGUCGCAGUGCGCAUGUGUGAACACUGGGCCAGCAGGUAAACUCCACAAUGGCGGCGAGAGGCCAUGUGCAGGAUCCCAACGACAGGAGGCUCAGACCCAUAUACGAUUACCUUGACAAUGGCAACAAUAAAAAGGCCAUACAGCAGGGAGAUAAACUGCUGAAGAAGCAUAAGGACCUGCACUGUGCCAAGAUUCCAUUUUUGGAACCUGCACCUACAAAGACACUACCGCUGCCCCGAUGCAGCUCUGAGAGACCCUGCUCUCUGACCAUGCAGUGUUCUAGGACUCUCAGCUGUUGGAUAACACAGUACAGACUCUGUCAUAACGUCUCUCUGCACAUCCCUCCACUUCUGCACAUGCACACGUUUCUGGUCCUAAAGGCCAUCGGCCUCCAGAGGACUGGAAAGCAGGAUGAAGCCUUCAUUUUGGCUCAGGAAGUGGCCACUCUGGAGCCCACUGACGACAACUCGCUGCAAGCUCUGACCAUACUGUACAGAGAGAUGCAUCGCCCGGAGUUGGUCACCAAACUGUAUGAAGCUGCAGUGAAGAAGGUGCCUCUCAGUGAGGAGUAUCACUCCCACCUCUUCAUGGCCUACGCUCGGGUGGGGGAGUACAAAAAGAUGCAGCAGGCAGGAAUGGCUUUGUAUAAAAUCGUCCCCAAGAACCCGUAUUACUUCUGGUCUGUCAUGAGUCUGGUGAUGCAGGCCAUCUCAGCACAAGAUGAGAGAUUGGCCCAGACCAUGUUCCUGCCUCUGGCUGAACGCAUGGUGGAGAAGAUGGUAAAGGAGGAGAAGAUAGAAGCGGAAGCAGAGGUGCAGCUGUAUUUUAUGAUCCUGGAGCGCCUGGGAAAGUGUGUCGAGGCUCUUGAAGUGAUCAGGGGCCCACUUGGUGAAAAGCUGACCAGUGAGCUGCAGAGCCGAGAAAACAAGUGCAUGAUGCUCUACCGGCGGCUGCAGCGCUGGCCGGAGUGCAACGCCCUGGCCCACAAACUGCUGCUCAGAAAUCCUGAUGAUUGGCAGUUCUAUCCCUCCUACUUUGACUCUCUCUUCCACCUGAUGGAUCAGUCGUGGAGUCCGCCCAAAGAAGACGAACACUGUUCAGAGGGGUCUGUACAUCACACUGUGGCUGAGGUGGUGAGGUUUGUGGAGGAGAGAAUUAAGGGUGAGGACAGCAAAGAGUGCCGUCCACUCCGAGGGCCCCAUUUAGCUCGGCUUGAGUUAAUGCACAGGCUGAGAGAAAGGGGCUGCCCUGAGGAGAGCCUGCUAGGUGAGCCUUUAGAGCUAAUGGUGCAGUUCUUUGGGAAGUUUGGAGACAAACCCUGCUGCAUCACCGAUCUAAAACUAUACCUGCACCUGCUCGCUCCUGAGCAGCAUGUACAGUUCAUUAAUCAUCUGAGUGAAGCGGUUCCACUUGGAGAGCGGGGUGAGGAGGGCUUUGCUUUUCCAGACGACACCAAAGCGCUGCAGAGGCAUCUGUGUGUGUGUCAGCUGAGUCGAGCCCUCGGACUGCAUCAUUCUCUCGACGUGGAUGGAAAACUGCUGCUCAUUACGGAGCUCAAGGCUCACUAUCGUCACGGGCUCAAGUUUGGAAUGAACGCUCUGAAGACGGAGCUGCAGUUUUCUGAUAUGUAUUGUCUCAUGGCAGCUCACGUGUACAUCGACCUGUGGACAGAGACAGGGGAUGAGGACAUGGCGUGGCGGUGUCUGGGCCUCCUCCAGGAGGGUCUGUCCCACAGCCCCUCCAACGCCCAGUUCAAGCUGCUGAUGCUGCUCCUCUACUGUCGCCUGGGAGCUUUUGAGCCUGUCGUGGACCUGUACUCCAGCCUGGAUGCCAAGCACGUACAGCACGACACCAUAGGGUUUCUGUUAACUCGUUAUGCUGAGUCACUGGGUCAGUUCGCUGCAGCCUCCCAGUCCUGUAAUUUCUCCCUCAGGUUUUUCCACUCUAACCAGAAAGAUACCUCAGAGUACAUCAUCCAGGCAUAUAAGUACGGAGCGUUUGAGAAAAUCCCAGAGUUCAUUGCUCUCAGGAACAGGUUGAACCAAUCGCUGCACUUUGCCCAAGUCCGCACUGAGAGGAUGCUGCUGGACUUGUUCCUCGAGGCUGAUAUUGUGUUGAGUCUGGAGGAGAGUGUGAAGGCCAUGUCUUUGUCUGCAGAGGAGGAUGACAUCCCCUGGGAUAAUAUGAGGGACAACAGAGACCUAACAGUUUUUACCAGCUGGGACCCUAAGGAGAGACAGCUGACUGACGAGCACCGGCGCCGGUCUCUAGAGGACGAGAUCGUGUGGCUGAGGAUACGCUCUCUGACACUCCGACUUGUCGCCUCUUUGGCCGCCCUGGGACACGUGCCCUCGCAACAAAACUCCGAGAUGAUCAACGAGAACGGCGUUGCAGACAAGCCCUCAGUCCACAGCAGCCUGCUCUCCCAGCUCAACCAGACUCUGCAGACAGCUGCCCAGAUGGCAGAACAACGUGUACAGCGUCCGUUCCUGGGACCACCCUCCACCCGCCUGGCCUCAGCUCUGUCCAGCGGGAGCUGUCAGUGUCAGGCCGCAGCCCUCCAGUUGUCUGUCCACCUGCAGGAGCUGGAGACUGCUGGACUUGAUGAUUCAUCAGAGCUUCAAACUCAGAUCUGUAACGGUUUCAAAUCAUUAGCAGUACAGCUUCGAGAAAUACUGACUAAAUGCAAAGGCGAUUUAUUGGAAAUGAAAGAGGCCAAAUUACAAACCCAGCCCUCCUUAUUAGAAAAUCUCAUCUUCUUUGUUGAGACGGCGUGCAUAGUCUUGUGGAUGGCCAGUUACUGUAGCAAGAUCCUGCGACCUCUCAAGACGAGUCUACAGAGGAAGAAGAAGAAGAAAAAGGAUGCCAACAUGGCUAUGCCGGCUGUGGUGUGUGGUUUCCAGGAGCUGACGGGGAGCUUGCAGGACCUGCUUACACAGGCUCAGGAGCAUAUAAAGGGACAAGAAAGUGGCACGACAGCCCUUAAGCUGGCCAGUUUAACCUUGGAAGGAAACACACAGGACGAGGCGUCGUUUAUGAAGGCUGCUAUGGACAAGGUGCAGAGCAGUUACCUGCGCUCGCUACAGGAGGUGGGAGACCUGCUCAAGAAAAGAGCAGAAACUGUAAAGAACCUCAAGAUCUGAACACAAUCGCACACCUAAAAUUAAGAUGGCUGCCCUCCACCAUCGUCUGCUGACAGCCCAGCAGCUCACCCACCAGUCCUACUUUCUUUGCUGGUCCAGACCCGACCUGCCCAUCAGUCAUUUCUCACCUCCUCUCCUUUCCUCUGGCCUCGGUCUGGAUUUCUGUCUUUACUUCCGCACACAGCUCCGGGACAUUUGCAACUCUUAUAGCACAUAAACUCAAGAGAUUAUACACCAGUUGAGUGAAAAUGAGGAAAAACGUGCUCCUUUAAGUGAAUAAUGCAAAUGAGAAAACAUGAAUAAGCAGUUUGUCGAACUAAUCUAAUGCUUUAUUGUACAUAGUGAAGAGCAGCUGCCACAGCUCCUGACUGAGACAAUGUAAGACACAAUAAACCACUGUUUGUUGGUUA